GGGGAUCACAACAAAGAGGAAAGCAUUCACCACGCGAAAUUGACUGUGAAGGGUCCCAUGGCUGCUCAUGCCCGGGCCAGUCCUCCCACUCGCGCCUUGUGUCUCCUGGACAGUGGGCUUGAUGACAUCAAAGUUCCCAGUUUACAGCCGCUGCCACUGAUCAAGACGCCCUCUAUUGUUUUCCUCAGAGCCAAUAAAACACCUUCUGCGACGGUGACUAAAUCGCCCUUGGAUCAGCACGUGGGCGAUCUGCCAAUCCCGGUGUUGGAACCCCAGCGUGUAGGUAGUCAUUCCUGUGCAACCAGCACCGCUUCCGUUGGAUUUCCAUGGUUAACCCGUCGUGUGCACGUCAAGAAACAGCCCUUUGAUAACAUGAACACUCCUGCACCAGUGCCCUGGGAUGGGCAGAUCAGGUGGGCACUGAGAGGCUGCAGUGUCUUCGACAACCUUGACGACGAGAUUGACGCAUUGCUGUACCGCCCGAACCUGAUCACCCAAGAACCCCCGGCUGACCUCUGGGUGUUUCAGUACGGCCUACGCUACCUCCCCGCCAAGCACGAAAGAGAUGUGUAUCGCGCUAUCACAAUCGAGAACCUACCGUCGGACGUGACAAUGAAACAAGUUUUGCCCCUCAUAUACGGUGAAAUUUAUUCAGCCCAUCUCCUCGAUACAGUGCCCAUUACCGGAUAUAGCACCGCUAUUGUCACUUUCGUGAGCCAGACGGAUACCCUUAGCUUCCUGAAGUCCUCGGGGGGAGAACUCAUGGUGGGAGCGGCACAGGCAAAAGUGACUCUGGUCGCGACUCCAACUUAUCCGAUGACUGCGACGAUGACCCGGCUGGUUCAGGAUGAGGGAUAUACACGCUGUGUCUGUGUUUCGGGUCUGCGGGAAAGUUUGCAGCAGGAAGUGCAUCGUGUCCUGAGAAAAUCGCCCCACACCAAUUAUGUUGAGCGCAUUGAAGAUGGAGAGGUGGUGGGUGACGUGAACAUUUGGUUUCAUUCCAUCAAGGUUGCGAUUGCGGCACAUGGGCUUCUGAAGAGUCAUCCAAGCUUUGCGGGCUGUAAAUUCCGGUUUCUAGAGGGGUUGAGACCGACCGCACGACCUGGAAUUGGGAAUUGGGAUUAA